UCCGUUUCCAGUCAACACAUUUGACAUACACAUGCAUUGAUGCGGUAUAGUUUGUUGUUAUGGCACGUUUAUCAGUUAACAUAUCGCAGUAACAUGGGUAUUUGAGUAAAAAACAUAAAACCUUGAAGCAGUUGUGGUCACUAUAUAGUCCACUUAUUGAGUGCUGUACUAGGCAUGAAUAAUUCUAGCUAGCCUGCUAGCUAAUAACCUUCCGAAGUAGCGUUCAAGUCAACGCCAGUCAGUGUGUAAUCAUGGCAGGACUGUAUCGAGCUCUUCUAACAUCUGCCUCCAGUGUCACAAAGAAUCUGACACAAGCCACAUCAUGUCGCACCAAAUUCACUAAGAGUCGCAUCCCUCCACAGGUAUUUGAGGAACGAGCAAAAGAACACGACAAGUAUGGUGGUGAUCCAGAACACCCACAUAAACUGCAUAUAGUGACACGAGUUAAGAGCACAAUGAGACGACCCUACUGGGAAAAGAAGGUUGUGAAGAGUUUGGGGCUUAUGAAGGCACAUGAACCCCAUAUCCACAAGAACAUCCCAUCAGUGAACAAUCUACUGAAAAUCAUUAAGCAUCUAGUUAGGAUUGAGCCUCUCAAGCUCCCCUAUGGAUUACCUGCUGAGGAGGACAUGGCUAACACAUAUCUGAAUAGCAAAGGCGAGCUGGUGGUGAAACGUCUCCUGAAACCACUUGAGCAGAAAGCCAUUGAGUCAUAGAAUUUUUGUGGCCUACCCUUUGUGCAGUGUUUUUGUUGUUUAAUAAAUAUUUGAAUACCAGU